GGGAGGGCGGCGGAGCGGGCCCUACGUGCUGACGCUAAUUGUAUAUGAGCGCGAGCGGCGGGCUCUCGGGUCUUUUUUAGCGCCAUCUGCUCGCGGCGCCGCCUCCUUCUCCUCCCGCUGCCGCUGCUGCCCUGAGUCACUGCCUGCGCAGCUCCGGCCGCCUGGCUCCCCGUACUAUCCGCCGAUUUACAGAAAAGUUGUAGAGAUUGUUCAGCGAGUUGCCAUAUGUUCCUUACUCAGUUUCUCCUAAUGUUGACAUCUUGCAUUACAAUGGUAUUUGGAGAUCUUAACAACAUGGCAGACAUUGACAACAAAGAACAGUGUGAACUUGAUCAAGAUUUGGAUGAUGUUGAAGAAGUAGAAGAAGAAGAAACUGGUGAAGAAACAAAAAUCAAAGCGCGUCAGCUGACUGUUCAGAUGAUGCAAAAUCCUCAGAUUCUUGCAGCCCUUCAAGAAAGACUUGAUGGUCUGGUAGAAACACCAACAGGAUACAUUGAAAGCUUGCCUAGGGUAGUUAAAAGACGAGUGAAUGCUCUCAAAAACCUUCAAGUUAAAUGUGCACAGAUAGAAGCCAAAUUCUAUGAGGAAGUUCAUGAUCUUGAAAGGAAGUAUGCUGCUCUCUAUCAGCCUCUAUUUGACAAGCGAUUUGAGAUUAUUAAUGCAAUUUAUGAACCUACGGAAGAAGAAUGUGAAUGGAAACCAGAUGAAGAAGACGAAAUUUCUGAGGAGCUAAAAGAAAAGGCCAAGAUUGAAGAGGAGAAAAAGGAUGAAGAAAAAGAAGAUCCCAAAGGAAUUCCUGAAUUUUGGUUGACUGUUUUUAAGAAUGUUGACUUGCUCAGUGAUAUGGUUCAGGAACAUGAUGAACCUAUUCUGAAGCACUUGAAAGAUAUUAAAGUGAAGUUUUCAGAUGCCGGCCAGCCAAUGAGUUUUGUCUUAGAAUUUCACUUUGAACCCAAUGAAUAUUUCACAAAUGAAGUGUUGACAAAGACAUAUAGGAUGAGGUCAGAACCAGAUGAUUCUGAUCCCUUUUCUUUUGAUGGACCAGAAAUUAUGGGUUGUACAGGGUGCCAGAUAGACUGGAAAAAAGGAAAGAAUGUCACUUUGAAAACCAUUAAGAAGAAGCAGAAACAUAAGGGACGUGGGACAGUUCGUACUGUGACUAAAACAGUUUCCAAUGACUCUUUCUUUAAUUUUUUUGCGCCUCCUGAGGUUCCUGAGAGUGGAGAUCUGGAUGAUGACGCUGAAGCUAUCCUUGCUGCGGACUUUGAAAUCGGUCACUUUUUACGUGAACGUAUAAUCCCAAGAUCAGUGUUAUACUUCACUGGAGAAGCUAUUGAAGAUGAUGACGAUGAUUAUGAUGAAGAAGGUGAAGAAGCGGAUGAGGAAGGGGAAGAAGAAGGAGAUGAGGAAAAUGAUCCAGACUAUGACCCGAAGAAGGAUCAAAACCCAGCAGAGUGCAAGCAGCAGUGAAGCAGGAUGGUCUGCCUUCUGCUUCCCUGGAAAGGAUGAAUUUACAUCUUUUGUCAAGCCUAUUUCAAGUUUUUUGUUGUUGGUUGGUUGUUUGCUUGUUUUUGUUUUUGCAGCCUAAAAUAAAAUUGUCAAAUACACUUUUAGUUCUUAAAAGAUAAUGUCUUAAUUUUGUACUAAUUCAGGUAGAAGCAGAGGCCUAGUUUGAAUUAAGGGUUGUACCCAUUUUACCAAAUUACUGAAGAAAAGGGUACCAACUUUAGAAGAGGUACUACAUCUAUUAAGAAGCAAGUGUUAAAAAUAUAAAGGACAAAAUCUUAAAUGACGUGAUGGUUUUUUAAAAAGAAAAAUUUAAAAAGUUAAAUUUAAUUUUCUUUCAGUUUAGAACUAGAGAGAAGGCCCCAAGCCUCUAUGGUAUAUACUAAUUCUUACUGCUUAAAGUAUGUCAUUUACCCAUGUUUCUGUUUACUAUGUGUUAAAAUGGGUAGUACUGUUUACCUAACUACCUCACAGAUGUGUUAAGGCUUAUUAAGUUAAAUCUCAUGAAAUGUUUCUCAGUCUCAUUAAAAGUUCAAGAUUUUGGGCCUUUUUGUAAUACAAGUGUUAUAUUCAGCAUCUUAUUCAUACCAUGCUUUGAUAAUUAAACUGGAAAACAAAGGUUAAGUAUAAGUACCUCUAUUCUGGAUCUGGGCAGGCAACACUCUUGCAGAUCUUUGUGUGGCUCUGGGUGGAUGAACUAUUUCAAAAGGUCCAAGGAUUUUUUUUCAGAUAUUUUUGAUGAUCAUACUGUAGUAAAUACUGUAGGGAUCAUGGGAAUAAAGUGGAAAUAUGACCAUUUUUGGAAAAAAAUGCCAUUAAAUUUGAGACUGGAGAGCCACAUUUAAAAUACCUCAGGCUAAUUACUGUUAAUUUUUUGGGAUGGACUUUUUUUUGAUAGUGAGGGUGGACUAAGUGGAUUAUAAUUAGAGUAAGGUCUAGAGUUCUUGCUCUUAAUAAAAUAACAUUGAAUUCAUGUUUAGAGGUGAUAGAGCUUCCUUUUUGAAAAGGUAGCAUAAAGGUUUUAGAAUGUGAACACAUAUUGUUAUUUGUGUAGUGUUAUCCAUUCCUCUACUGAGAUUUUUAACUUACUACUGGAAAUCCUUAACCAAUUAUAAUAGUUUUUUUCCUCUUUAUUUUCAAAAUGAUUUUGGUUGCUUUGAUUAGAUGUUCUGUGCUGGUUUUUAUUUUAUUUUUUGUAACCAUAGCUCAUCUAAACACACCUUUUUCUGAACUUGAAAAUUUUUUUAUCUAAAGAUAGAAUCCCAUUUUUAAUGAACUUAAAGUAGCAAAGUCACUAUUUUUUUCAUUCCUUUAGGAAAUAGCUCUUGCCAAAGUGAAGGGGUAGAUAAUAUUGAGUCUUGUUAUAUAAUGGGGAUGUGGUUUGCAGCAGGAUUUCAUUAUGGUUGGAGUUUCAAGGGAUGUCAGUGUUUAUGCGAUUUCUCCAGUUCCAAAAUAGUUCUAUUCCAUUCUAGAAGUCUGAAGUAUGUAAUUUGAAAUCCUUAAUAAAAUUUGGAUUUAAUUUUAUAAAA